AUGGUAUUGUAUCAAGUAGCGUCAACUGGCAAUAGCUUGGGCACGUUCAAGCGUCCGUUGGCAGGCAAGACGGAGCGGCCCGUGGAGCAGUUCAUGGCGAGGUUCGGAAUCCACCCCAUGUCUCAUGAAUCACAGCCUCCAACGUCCGCCCUGGAGCUGCGAGACUUUCUUGCUUGCGCCCGUGUCAAUCGCAGUGGCGCCCGCUCCCGUACUCGAGUACAAGCAAGAAAGAAGCCAGCCGGCUUCGCCAUCUUUCGGACCAUCUGCCUUGUGGUCCAGCCGUUGCCUUGCCCGGCUUGUGUAGCAGUAGACUGCUUUGCUGCAUGUAACACCCGUUGCAGAUUCUGCCUCCUCAAAGCCAAACUGACGUGUGAGUGGCCGCCGCAAUUGUCACAUGGACGCGUUUUCUGCGCGCUGAGGCAACUAUGGAGCAUGGACAUGGACGGAACACAACACGACAUGUCCAGCCCUCGGCAGGAAUCCAUGCACUCUGUCGGCGUUGGGUGUAUGGGCGCCGUCCUCUACUCUAGUAGUACCCUUGGUAUCCAACCUCCCUCGCUUUCUCCUCGUCCUCGGCCGGACAUGCAAGACGUCUCGUUUGGAACAGAGGUGCGUUUGCCUCUUGGUUGCGCAAGGUCUGUGUUCUGUGGGUCCAACCUUGGAACUUGGUCCCGUCAGAGUGGCGACUUUCUCCAAGAAGGGCAAGUCUCCUGGUCAGAAUGA